GCUACGGCAACCGGGACGCUUAACGACCACCAUCCACCUUGGCAAGUGUUUAAAGAAUUGAAUUUUAAAACGAUUAUUUUCACCUGUGAGCACUAUGACAGCUAUUCUCUGUAAUUGGCUAAAUAAUGAGCUAAAACUUUCAAAAACAAUCGAUAUCAUCAAUUUUUCAUCUGUUUUUUCCAAUGGUUACCUCAUCGGUGAAACAUUGUCUAAAUAUAAACAGCAGGAUGAUCUGGAUCAAUUUUCUCUACAAAAUACGAUUGAAGGACGCCUCAACAACUUCACUCGACUCGAGCCAUCUCUUCACAAACUCGGUUUGCAGUUUGAUACAAAUACAGCUCGUGAUAUCAUGACCGAGAAGCAUGGUGCCGCUACAAAUCUCAUGUAUGAAUUAUUUGUUGUUUUGAAUGGUAAAACAUGGAAAAGCAGACCCGCAGUCCAAGACAACAAUCAGAUGUCAGUGACACAAUCAAGACUUUCUCACAUUGAAAACAGGAUUUAUAAUGAGCAUAUGAAUCUGCUAAUUCCAAGAAAUCUGACUCAAUCUCCGACUAAUACCAGCAAAUACUUUCGUGAGAAACAAAUUGAAAAAGAGAAAAUAGCAUUCAAAGAAAGGUUUCUUGCUGAAGAACACAUCAAAAUGGAGACCAAGAAACAACAGGAAAUUCUUCAUGAACAAUCUCGGCAACUACGACUCCAGCAAAGUGAAGCUCUUGCUAAACUCAAAACUAGUGACAAUUACAUUUAUAAAAGACUUGUCCAUCCUCCAGCACUGCCUGUGUCAAACAUCUUUUUGAAGCGAAAGCAACUUGAAAUUCAGGAAGCUAUGAAUGAUAUUAACCAGUUUGAUAAGAAAUUAGAAAGCGCUGCUGUAAGUCUAGACAUCGACACGAAAGACAUCAUUAAAUUCUCUGGUGAUACUUAUAUUGCUGACAUUACCAAACGUCUUGCAGAAGAUAGAUUAUCACGAGAAGACCUUGAGAAAAGAAGACGUAAAGUAUUGGUUAGCCAACAGCAAGCACAAGAUUUAAUUUGGCUUGCAUACCGAGAUAAAGUGCUUGUAAACAGAAUCUUGAGGCAGUCACAGCAAGAAAAGAAGAUUGUUGUGCAGCUUCUCCAAACACGUCAACAAAAGAACAUUAUUAUGAAAAAUCGAAUGUUUCAAGAGAGACAAUAUCAAGACCGUCGGGAGAAAGAUUUCCUUGAUGCUUUGAACAAAGAAGCUGAACUCCUGCGUCUUGCUAAAGAAGAAUAUGCUGAUCAAGUUCUGAAAGAUAUUCGCUUCCACGAGAAAGUUAAAGCCGAAUACAAAGCAGAAAAAUAUCGAAUUCAUUAUGAAAUCUGUUUUGAAAUUUUAUUGCAAAUUCUUGAUAUUGUCUGCAAAAUUUGUGAUUACAGAGCAAUAUCGAGCAGUCUGUUGCCCCAGAAACUAAUGAGAGAAUGGAGGGCUCUUUUUAUUAAAGGGAAACCGUUGUAUGCAAAAUCUGAAAUCAAAGAUGUUACGGAGUCACAAGAAGAAAACCUAAGAAUAGAAGAGGCUAAACAAGUCUUGUUGGACGAAGAGGAUUUCAAGGAUUAUAAGAAUACGGAACAUGACUGGCUGCUAGAACCUGAUAAACCGAAACCUCGGCACAAUCCGGUUGUGGGACACAUUGUUAAUCGUUUAUUGACUUUGUUGUACCCACCUCCACCACCUCCAGAAAUACCAGUUUUCCCAGAAUUUUCUAUUCGAGUUUGUCUGUUGGGAAAAGCAUAUAGUGGGAAAACGUUCUGUGCAGAGAAACUAGCUGAAGAAUAUAACCUUAAGAUUUUAAACAUUGAUGAACUUGUAAAAAAUGCCAUCCAAACUUUUCAUGACAAUGAAGAAGCUGCAUCAAAAGCUAAUAAACCAUUCCGUUUUUUGAUUAAAAGUGCAAGUUGCAUUGACAAGUUGGAAGGAAAAAAUGAGUUGGUGUCAAUUAGUCGAAGCAAGACAAUUAUGCCCUCAGAAAUUACAUUACCUCCACCAAUUGAAAUUCCUAAAAAGGUAAAAGAAGUCACCUCAAGUUCUAAGAUAGAAUUAUUGGCAAGUACGUUAAAACUUGAUGAUGCUGCAAUACUAAGGAACAUAUAUGUGAAUACACAAGCUAGCCUUGGUUCCAAAGUGAUCAUGCAUUUUGAAAAGGGACAACCUAUACCUGAAAUUGUUUUAAUAGAGAUUAUUACAGAGGCCAUCAGGUGUGUAAAGGAAGAAACUGGUUGGAUUUUAGAUGGAUUUCCUGUGACUUAUUGCCAAACAAGGACUUUAGAGAAAGCAUUAACAGGAAUUGGUGACGACGAUGAUGAUGAGGAACGUAGAACUAAAGAUUUUGAGAAAAUGCAAAAUGUCUCUCAGCUGCUUCCCAAUCCACAUUUGGACGUUCCACCUGCAAAGAAGGUCAGUGGCAUUGAUGUGGUGAUUCUGCACAACAUUUCUGAUGACCUGUGUCUUCAGAGAGCAGCUGGCCAAUAUAUAUCUGAAAAAUCCAAAGAACACUUCCAUAUGCUUCACAACCCACCUACUUUUGGCCAAGCUACAGGGAUUGCAGAGAGAGAAAAAGUGAUACCUCUGAUAAGUAAAUCCUUUGAUGAAGAAAAUGCUCAAAACAGAUUGAUGAUCUUUUCAAACUAUUGGCCCAAAAUGGAGAAAUGGUUCUCUUCACUUGGUAACUUACACGUAGUCGAUGCAUCUCAAGACAGAGAUGUUGUCUACGAGGAUAUUAAAUCGAUAAUUGAUGAAUUCCUGCAACGAAAAAAAGAAGAAAUGUUCACAGCUAUGGCUGCUGAUGAGAAUAAUGUUGAAGAACAGCCCCAAAUCCCUGCUGAAACUGAAAACGUUGCAAAUGAGACUCAAAACACAGAAGAAAAUGGCAAAAAGCAUUCAGCAGAGAAUUUGCCUAAACCCGAGGAAGAACCCGAAGAGAAGGCACCGGAACCAAUUGAACCCGAUUCACCUGACUGGGAGUUUGUGGAUUUUGAGAUCAACAUGAUAAUGGUAAAACUGUUAAGUUCUUUUUGGAAACUAAUAGAGAGGUCCUAUCUGCAGAACUGUAAGAAAAUGUUUCGAGCAAUAAGGAAAGAACGAGAUUGCAUAAAGCCUUAUUAUUACAGCAUCAGGAAAAUAUUUGAAGAGUAUCUGAAACGUCCUGACAACAAACAAGAUUUUGUUAGUCAAUGGCAGAAGGAAUAUAAUGAAGUCCCUGAUGACAUGAGAUUUGACUUGGAAACCCAAACCGAGCUUCAUCAAACAGUUUGGAUCUCCAGGAUAAACUGUGGAAUAUUUGUGAUGAACAAAAACAACAGGCUGAGAAUGAAUGCCAUUCCCUCAUCUCUAAUGGCUGGUACGAGGAUCAGCUGUCCAAACUGUGUAACAGUUAUCUGACGAUAAUGCAGGCAGAACUUGACCGUUUCCAGGAUACAAUCACUUUACUCAAGGACUAUUACAAUAUUCCUGAUAAACUAGUUCCUCCGAUAGCAGAACUGAAUUUUUCAAGACUUCCCCUUCUUGAG